AUGGCAACCAGUUUAGCAGCACAGCUAAAACGCUUAGCAGCGCCACAAACGUCCUCGUUCCAGGAUGUCCGGAAGCAGGCAUCAAUCUUGUUCGACGCGAAGGAGGCCGCUAGCAAGGAUCGAGAAGUCAUUUACGACAUCGGUGUUAGCGGUCUGGAGGAGCUGAAGCAAAUGCACGGAGCAUUUGCUCAGUUCGAGGCAACGCUGUUUGAUAAAAAUUCCAUCGAAUUGCAGCGUUCCGUCCAAGACAAGUCGGUGAACGCUGCGCUGAAUGACAGCAUAAGGCGAUUUUUUUUCCAUCUCUCACCGUACUUUAUGCUACAGCCGGCCCACAAAUGCUUGGAGUGGCUGAUACGUCGCUUUGAAAUUCACAAGUACAACUUCGAGGACUUUGUGUUGCUUAUUUUGCCAUACCAUGAGACGCGUGUCUUUGUUCGGUGCCUGCAAACCAUGAAACUCUCGGAGCACGAUUCGUUGUCAUUCGUCGCAUCUGUCGGCGAGUCUGGCGUUCCACUGUCGAAGCGAACGAUCAUCGAACACUGCGUUAGGCGUCCAACGUACUUGAAGAAAAUUUCAACCUUCGUGUAUCAGGCAGCCCAAGAACUGGGCAGUAAGGCAAAUGUACUGCAGGCAUCCUAUGCGUUCUACUGUUCGAUCGUUUUGGGUGUUUACGAUAGCCUCGACACCAUCACGGUAGACUAUGUGGCACCCGUAAUGAAAUCGAUCAGUUAUGGCAUUGCAUCGAGAUCGAUCGAUUUCACAGCCUGUGCAUACAUGAUCAUCGCCCAUAUGGCAACGAAGGCGGAUCUUGCCCCGCGCAAGCUAGAUUUGUUAAUCCAGCGGAUCUGCACUGUGCCGUCUAUGACCACCGAAGCGACCAUGGUGCUGGUGGUCAUCUUUCAAACGCAACACGAGCAGCUGAACACGCUGUCGGACGAUCUGAUUAACACAAUUGUACGUUGUAAAUGGCUUCCACAGUCCCUGGGUGCCCUCAAAGAUGAAGGGACCGAUGUGAUCAUGAUUUAUCGGAAAGUUUUGGGAAAAUGUCUCAGCCAAAUUUGCUGCCUUAAACAACCGCAAUCGAGCCACACGUACAGUGCGUUCUGUGAGCAACUGCAGCUUGAAAUCCAGUUGACUGAUGGCGAAGCGGAAGAAAUCAUAGAGUGUAUGCUUAACUCGUACGUGUCCGCGAAAAAGGGGAACAAAGUAGCUCAGAAUGGACAUUCGCUGGAUAACAUCACGAUAGAGAUUGAUAGCGAACCCGAGGACUUUGGGAAUGCAGAUCAGGCGGUGACGAAGUGGUACUCAGGAUUCCUGAAAACCUUCGAACGGCGGUAUCCGACCGCUUUCGACAAUGUCGUAAAGCGUAUUAUGAAGGCCCAGGGCCAGUACUCGGACAAGAAACAGAACGCGCUCCGGAAUGUGCUAGAUUUCCUGCUGCAGGUGUCGCACAAUGGCGAGUCGACGGAACUUUUCGAGAAUAUUUUCCACGUCAACGCUGAAAUACGUGCGAAUGCGGUGAAAUAUCUGGUGGUCAAUAUGCGCAACAUUAUGGCCCAGGAUCGCGGCAAGAGGGAACUGCUGCGGGAUAGCAUUCUGGAGCGAUUGAAUGACGAAAGUUGCGAGGUUAUACGUCACUUGCUAGACAUCGCUCCUCAGGAUCUAGUGGACGUUGUUGGCGCCGAGGAACUGAUUAUCAAGUUGAGCAAUCUAGUGCUAAAGUGUGUCACGGAUCAGCAACGCUGGAAGCCAGUGACAUCCCAGCUGAUCACGCUACUCACCGACGAACGGAUUUAUGGCAGUGUGGAUGUAAAUCGCGUAAUCAUUUCGCUCUAUCCGCUUAAUGUUCCAUUGGGAGAUCGUCAGGCUGAAAAGGAAACCAACAAGCAGCUGUUUUCUACCAGCUUUGGAAAAAAGUAUAUGUCCGCUCAGUUCUACGGCAAAGCAGAAAACUGCAGAACGAUACUUACCACGCUGGAACAAGCUGGUCAGUGCACGAAUCCAAUGCAGAUGUGUGUCAACAUACAGCUACUUACGGACGCAUUGCCGUCUCCCUGCUCAGUAGAACUAGCGGAUAAGGUGCUCAUGUACGCCAUCACGCAGUUGAAAACCCACCACUUCAUAUACGCACAGACUUCCGAUAUGCAGUGUUUGAAAAACGGUAAACUGCCGUUGCACUUCAUCACGAUUCCGAUUAAAAAGAUCAUACAAUGCGUGAAGUUCGAUCCGAUUGUGGAAAUGAAUUUCGAACGCCAAAGUGUGUCGCUGAAGCUUCGCUUGCGAAUGUUCACUGUGCUAAUCGAGCGAUACUGUACGACGAAAAAGGCGCACGAAGAAGUGCGAUCAUUGUUCGAAAACCUUCUGAGACAGUUCCUGGUGGAGCUGUAUCCCAAGGUGGAGAGUAGGGUCGAGUUUCUAUCCCACUUCUACACCGUGCAUCUGAUCAACCAGGCGUCGAAGGAUGAGUCACUGCAAUUGCUUGUCAACCCGAUGCUGCAAAUUCGCUGCCAGCGACUGCUGAAUAACAUCCUGCAACAGGAUGUGUGCGUCAUCUCGACGAACACGCUUGUGAACGUUUUACAAGCGCUCACAUCCCGUGUGUCGGUGGUGCGGGAAUGUGCGGUAGAAACCAUCAAGUUGAUCGCAGGAUUUGAUAGCCAAAACGGUCUAUCGCGAGCAUUCAAUAAGUUUCUCGUGAAGCUGCUAAAACACAGGGAAGAGCUUAUAAUGGACGAUGAGCAGCUUUCGCUGGUAAUGUUUACGAUCUUUUGCCUCGAAGACAGCAAUAAGUAUCAAUCGGCAAUAGAGUAUUUUAUGCAACGCACCGUCGAUCCUGGUACACCGCCCUACAUCGUGUGUGGUAUAAUGGAUUUCAUAAAGCUGCUCGACAACUCGCACGUACUGGAGCAAUCGGCCUCCAAAGCCGUUACGAUACUGGAUUCCGUAAUCAAUGGCAAGGAUCGAGUGUCGUUCGAUAUGUAUGAAUCAAAGGUCCUGCAGCUGGUGAUCGAUCGGUUUAACCUGGGUAUCACCGAGCAGCUAGUCCGUAGUGAGGUAUGCAAGUGUCUAGUAACAUUGACCCUUCAAUGCAACAAACCGCUGGUGUUGCCGGCGCAACGUAAAUUCUGCACCCCAGCCACUAUGAUGAUCGAGGCGAUAAGUGGAGACAUCUUCGAAACACUGCCAAAGGCGUACGCUAAACAGGUGGUGCAAGGCAUCGUCCACUCAGCCACAAUGUCGGACUAUCCGGAAACGAAUGCAGUGACGGCGAAGCUAUUCAAAAACCACUCUAUCGACGCCGAACUCGUAGUGGAUCUACUGAGUGCGAUGUAUGAGAGCGGGCAUCCCAGUUCGGCUAACGGUGGUAACACACCGUCUCGUAAAGCUAUCAUUGCAGUUGCCCCAUCCGAACGUGUCCUGUCCUCAACGGCUUGGAAGUGUGGCGUGACGUUGCUUGAGCAUCUGCAAAACAAGAAAAACCUAGAAAACGCUCACCUACUAUUACCGAAGCUGUUUGAGUGCCUCAAAUACUGUCUCGAUUUCGAGGAACAAUCGGUGGUGGAAUAUGUUAAGCAGAUCGUCCUUUCGCUGUUGCUACACUGCAUCCAAAAGGUUGAGCAAGCGAAUAGCAAGGGCGAAUCACCGUUCACAAAGGGUAGCAGCGUAUUUAAGGUUGAACAGAUUGUGCAAUGCAUCCGGGGCACACAGAAUCCGCAAACGCACCAUCACGCUCUGCUGCUGUUGGCUCACGUUGCACGCUACGUGCCAGAUCAGGUGCUGCACAAUAUGAUGGAAAUCUUUACGUUCGUUGGAUCAUCGAUCGUACGGCAGGACGACGCGUACAGCUUCCAGAUCAUUUCGAAGAUUAUCGAGAGCAUCGUUCCAACGAUCGCUCACGGCGGAAACGCUGGUAAAACGGACAAUGCCAUUGAACAGGUCAUUCCGAUACUAAAGAUAUUUUCCGACAUCAUACUGGACGUGCCGGAACACCGCCGUAUCCUGCUGUAUGUGAAGCUGAUCAAUACGCUCGGUGCCAACGAGUACCUGUGGGUGUUCUUGGGUGUGCUGAUAGAAUCGGAUGUCAUGAAGGGUGGGCACAAGGCCGAGCAGAAAAAUAAACCUAAAUCACGUGCUGAAGCUGAGCUGUCGAAAAGCGAACUAUCCCGGCGCAUGGAGGUGGCGCUGCUAAUUGCACGUGAAUUCGAACCCACCGUCAUCAUUCAGACAUGCACAAAUCUCAUUGAUUAUUUGCGCGAUCUGCCCAUGGAUGCUAAUGAGAAGGAUAAUGGUAUUGAGCACGCGAUGGAACUGGACGUCGGCGAAUCGACGAUCUUCAGCGUGAAGUCUCAUGACGCACGUCAGCUGAAGCACUUCAAGUACCUGUUGGUGCAGUUCGUUGGUGGGCUUGUCUCGUCGGUGUUCGUAAUCAACAAAAUCGCCCAGCUGAAUGAAGAGGAAACGCUUGGCAUGAAGAAGUACUACCAGAACCUAAUCGUGGGCAUCCUGACGUACGUGAACGAUGUUUCGAAGAAGAUUGACAGACUGAAGGCUGAGAACAGUGACGAUAAAAUACCGUACUACUGGCGGGCGAUGUUGAACAACUGUUACGAUAUUCUGGAAGGUACCAUUUCGCUACUUUCAGCCGAUACGCUGAUCAUCGUUGUGCAUGGGCUGCUAAACCAUCGCUUCUUGAUGGUUCGCCGAAAGGUGAUCGAGCUGCUGAACAACAAGCUGCAGUACAAACAGGAUUACUUCAUCGAAAAGCAUUAUCCAGGGUUGGUGAAGCUUUUCGAUCCGAUCAUGGGACUGGUGAAAAACAUGUACGACGAGGCGCCGGUCGUUGGAACAUCCUUCGAACGGAUGGUCAUCGUGCAGUUGUGCUACAUUGCUUUGCGUCACCUGUCGAAGAUCCUCACGCAGUAUGACACCAAAAAGGUUCAAUCGAUCCUGGCCUCACUGAUGGACGAGCUGCACGGGUAUAAGAAAAAUCCCAACACGCAAACACUGGCCUCGCUGAUCCUUUGCAUCGGGGAGCUGUGCAGCAACCUCGGACCGUACUCGAUCAGUUAUCUGCCAAAGUUUAUGCCGAUGUUGAACAAGUUUCUUAACGCGCAGCUGUUGUCGGACGAACCGUUCGAUAUGCUUACUUCCAGCAUCGUGUUGCUGACGGUAAAGAUCGUUGAUUCGCUGUCACGUUUCCUCUCGCCGUACCUACCAACGAUGUUGUUUGGGUUGACGAAACUCUACGCCAUGAUCGAAAAACGCAACGAUCCGCGGCUAGCCAACAUGUUGUUGCGUUUGGUGCUCAUUUGGGACAACCUCUCGAGCACGAUUACACUGCGUGUGUUGCUACCAGCGGUGGAGGAAUGCUACCACGGAUUGAUCGAGGCCAGGGAACUGGAGGCUAUCGGGCCUCUCAUGAAGCUGCUUUCGAAGGCGUUUGAAAUGAUGAAAUCCAGCAGCUUUGCUGCCAUCCAGGGCGAGGUGACGGAGCUAUUCCUGACCGCGUUGCAGUUCCGUUGCUACAACUCUAGCUCGGAUACGUUCUCGCUCUCGGCUAUAGACACAGCGGAAGCGCACGUCAUCCAGGCGUUUGUGGUGUUAAUUUUGAAGCUGUCGGAAAGCACCUUCCGCCCGUUGUUCUAUAAAGUGUUCGAAUGGUCUAUACGCGAAACCGCCAGCAAUGAUCGCGCCAUUACGUUCUUCAACGUAUGCUGCCACGUGGCGGAAGCGUUGAAAUCGUUGUUCGUACUGUUUGCUAGCGACUUGGUGGCCAUUGGCGUGAAAUUGUUGAACGCAACCAAUAGCGCCAAAGUUGACGGAAAGGAAGUGAAGGAGCUCCACUUCCCUAUAAACUCGAAAAACGUGAUGCUUCUCCGAUACAUCCUAAAAACGCUGUACAGCAUCGUACUGUACGAUAAUCAGAACUUUAUAAAUGCGGUACGAUUCGAUAUGCUGUUGGGCCCGGUUACGGAUCAGCUGGAAAACGAGCUCAUUAUGCAGGAUACAGAAAUUCGCAGCCUGGUGAUCGACUGUCUCGCUCAGAUGGCUGUGGCCGUGAUGGACGAUUCGCUGUGGCGCCAGUUGAAUUAUCAGGUGCUGAUGAAAACGCGCAAUAACGAAGCGGAUGUAAGAUUAUUCGCACUGGAGGCGUGCACAGAAAUAUCGCGAAAGCUGGGCGAGAGCUACGCGCCGUUGCUACCGGAAACUAUUCCGUUCCUGGCGGAACUGAUGGAAGACGAUAAUGAGGACGUUGAAAAAGCGGUUCACCAUUCAUGCCGUGAAAUUGGCCGUGCGACAGGUGAAGACUUGCAGAGUUAUUUCUAAAAGUAGGCAAAGAAAGUUCGUAACCAUGGCUACACUUAGGCGACGCUUGACAUUUGCCGUUCGCAAUCGUCUUUCGGUGAAUAGUUUGGUCUCCGUCAAGGAACUGGAAUGUUUGAGGUAC